UCUGGGAGACGAAAAUUUGUCACGAAUUUUGCCGCAGUAUUACUAACAUUUCGUGUCACCGAUGUUCACAGAACUGUUCGCCAAAUACACAUGUACCAACUGCCAGGAAGAUAUUUCGGGGAUCCGCGUGCACUGUGUGGUGUGCACGGACUUCGAACUGUGCCUAGCGUGUUUUGCUGCAGGAGCCGAGAUCGGACCGCAUCGCAAUGAUCACUCGUACCAGUUUAUGGAUUCGGGAAUUUUGUCAAUUUUCCGUGGCAAAAGCGGCUGGUCGGCUCGGGAAGAAUUGCACCUGCUCGAUGCGAUUGAGCAGUAUGGCUUUGGGAACUGGGAAGACAUUAGCAAGCACAUCGAGACCCGCACGCCCGAAGAAGCUAAAGACGAGUAUGUGACAAAAUUUCUGAAUGGUACCAUCGGUCGGCAUACAUGGCAGACGGCGGUCGACCAGCGCCCGAUACUGACCGAUCACACGUCGGACGAUACCGGGCCGCUGAGCCAGCUGCUGAUCCAGAAACUGCCCCCGAUGGACUGCACAGCCGAAGAAGCCGCUGCACUGGGAUACAUGCCAAACCGGGACGAUUUCGAGCGCGAGUACGAUCCGACGGCGGAACAGCUCGUUUCUACUCUUUCGUUACAGCCGGACGAUGAAGAUGUGGACAUGCUGCUGAAAUUGGCCCAGGUCGAUAUCUACACCCGCCGGUUACGGGAACGCGCCCGAAGGAAACGAGUGGUGCGUGAUUAUCAGCUGAUAGCUAACUUCUUCCGCGGCAAUAUGAAACGUGCCCGGCAGACCCGCGACCAGCGUGAAUUCCGCGAAAGGUUACGCACCUACUCGCAAUUCUACACAUCGCUGGAGUUCGAGCGACUGAUAUCGUCACUCGAACGGGAACGGGCUCUACGGAUCCGGUUGUCCGAGCUGAACCGAUACCGCUGGAAUGGCAUCCAGCGCGUCGAUGAAUGUGUUCACUUUGAGCAGCAUGUGGCCGCUGCACAGUAUCGCAAUACGGGACCGUACGGACACGGGCGAACGCUUGCAUGUAUAAUCGGUCCAAACGGUCAGUCGAUCACCGGUUGUAUACGACAAAUUUUAACAGGACAACCGAAGCAGAGGCGUCUCUGGCGAGAUCGGCAAAGGGGCAUCCUCGGUGUCGGGCAGCGGAAUGGGCCAAGCGGCGGGGGCACUGCCGGUGGUGUCGGGGCAGGCGAGUGCGACCCAAGGGGUGGGACCAACGACGGCAAGAAGAAGCGAAAGCGACGUCCGAAGCUCAAAUUCCAUCGACCGAAAGCCCACGCACCUCACCGACGACCGGGUUUGCUCCGACGACUCAUACAGCAGCAAAAAUUGCUUGGAUAGCUUACAGCGGGAGGGGGUGACGAGCUCCUCGGCCGGUCCGCAGCAGUCAGCGAGCGGUCAGAAGCAUCACCCCCACCACCACCACCACCAUCAUCAGGCGAGCGGCGGCGGCGGGGCAGGAAGCCUGGCAGCCGAUCCGGCACAGCAGCCCGGCGGACAACUGCUAACGUCUAAUGAAAUUCAGCUGUGCAGUUCGCUUAACAUGCCCGUCACGCGAUAUCUCACACUGAAAACGGUUCUGCUUAGCCGUCCUGCGUUGGACCACAACAUCAACUCGGUGGCGGAAAGCAUCGUUAAAAAGUAUCUGGUUAGCCGUGGUUGGCUACAGACGAGCCCACAGAAUUAGACUCACUAAAGAACGGCGGCUCAGUGCAGGGUGGAAUGGCCAUGUUUUACCGUAUGACGCAAUAGAAGAAAUUUCAAGUAGUAGUUGGUCGAUCUCAUGCACUGGAAGCCUGGAAGAAAAAAUCGCCGUGGUAUAGAUGUAGCACAUCUCUUUUAGCCCGUGAAAUAAGAGAUUGGGUAGGAAGGAAAUACGUUUAGAUGCGAAGCUCUACAUUAGAUGGGAUGCAAAUUGAUCGUGAACGAAUUGUAGUGCUUUCGUUGAGAGGCAUCCUCUGUCGUGCGGUGCAACAAAGCUCGCGGCGGAACACACGCUCUUGUAUUGUGUAAAAGCAAUGCCAAUAUGCCAUAGUUACGUUAUCGAAGUAGUUCGCAUUCCCACUGUGUGAUAGUAGACGCUUUUACGCAGCUAGAUAGGCACACAAUGAUAUACGCGUCUCUUGGUAGUAGUAAGUGGAUUAGUAGAUGCAAAGGAACAACUCAAUCUCCUCUCCCACUAGGAUAAACAAAUGUAUAAAGCGCGCAGGGAUAGGAGGUAUUCUUUAAUCGUAAAAGCAAAUCGUUAUUAAACUAGGGUGUCUCUACAAAUUAUGGCCAGUGGAGGAGACUGUAUCUAAUUGCAUAAUAAUAAAAUUUUACCAAUCUUGUUCGAAGCAACCUGUA